AUGGGCAACGAGCCAAGAUCUUUACUUACGGGCUGGCUGACGGUGACUGCCGCGCAAGGAGCCGAAGAGAUCGAUCUCGUGCUGAUAGUCGGGAUCGAGACUGGAACAUUGACCGGAGUGGCCGAGGAAGUCGAGACUCUGGACAGCGUCUCAAAUCUUGUCCUGCGCAGCGUGAGGGUGGUUGCUGAGAAGAUCGUGGACUUCGACUUGCUCGAGGUCGGACCAGCACCGGUUGGAAGUGCACCAGAGGCAGCAGAUCCAGUCGAAUGGAUCAUUGAGACUGUCCCGUUCGCGAAGGUGAAUAGAGCGAAUCCAGAUGCCGAGUGGGUGCUUGUCUGGACGGGAGAACCCGGAGUCAUUAGGUCAAGUCCCUUCGUUGGCGCUACUGGUAGAACCCCUCCAAUGCACUCGAUUGACACUGUCUUCGGAGCCGCGUUAGGAUCGCACGGCGGGCAGCUGUACGACAGCGAGGGAGUGCUGGUCGGCACUGACUUCGACAACGAGGGAAUCUCUGUCGACAACUGGCUGGGAAGCGGCACAAUCUUGAUGCUGCUUGAGGACGAGGUCAAGCUCCGCGCCGAUGUGGUUGAUACUGGGCCAGAAGUCGAGGUCGAAGAUGACGGAAGCUCGCUGUGCGGCUCUUCUGGGCCUGGUGGUGCCAUUGGAAUCGACGUAGUAGUCGACGACGAGGUAGUUGUCGGGAGUUUCCCGACGGGAGGGCUUGCUUGUGGGAUUGUGGUGAGUGAUCGGGUGAAGCUAUCCGCAGAUGCAGCGCCCGGGAGGAGAGACGACGAUGUCGAGGUGGAAGAAGAGCCGCCCACGGGAUUCGGAGGUCCCUGGUUGAUUGUCGCCGUGGCAGUGGUAGUCUCGCAGCCCACUUCGAUGACAGUGUUAUCUCUGGUCUCCUUGUGCGGUAUGCACUUGCUUGAGGUCGCCGAAGUGACCGAGGUCACGGAGGUGCUGGAAGUGGUGGUCUCAGCACCGGCCGCCAUGCCCAAAGACAUGAUUGCCACUGCUGUGACGGCAAGACCGCGGAAACGCAUUCUUGCGAGCCUUGCGCGUCAAUGUGUUGGAUGCUAUGCGUAUAGCGUGGUGUCUGGUGGAUAUCGAUGUCGAUAG